AUGUUUGAAUUUCUCCGUGUUUCGCUAUCGGCCGCUUUGUGCCAUGGUCGAAAUGAUCGCUUAACACGAAGCAAUCAACGGAAGCACCGGAAUAUGAAUCCAAGCCAAUGUCAAAUCUUUGAGAGAGUGAGAGAAGUAGCAAACGACCAGGAAGUUUAUCGAAUUAAGAGCACCCGAAAACACAACAGAAUAGAAGCGAACCACUAUGGCAGUAAACGACGACCUGAAGAAAUACGUAAAACCGUCCCACAACAGCAUUCACCACAAAAGAAAUUACCAUUAUCUGACAAGUCAACGAUAUGCUUCAUACGAGUGGCAUCAUUCGGUACACAAACUACCGAAGAACGGGAAUUUAAAAAGAGUACCACAAUAGUGUCUAAAGCUACACAGACGCCGUUUUUCACCAUCGACAAAAAAGGAACCAGUGGAAAAAGCGAAUACGAAGAGCGUUUGAAGUUUCAAGCAUGGAAUGAUGCAAAAUUUUUUGUGACAAAUCAACUUCUAGCACAAUGUCUUCACACUCCUAACUGCACGAAUGUAUUGAGUUCAACAGAAACUUACCCUUCAACUAAAUCUUGA